UGUACCUAACCAGGACCCCUGAAGGACAAACACUCAUAACAAACUGGAGAUCAAGUCAAGGCCCUCAGCGCAUCAGCCCACUCCAGCCACAAGAGUGACCACCCUGAGGAAGUUGUCAGCCAGUACGCCCCGCCCCCCCCGUGUUAAAAUCAAGCAUGAUAUCAGCAUUUCUUUUGCGCAUUAACACAUUUUGUUCUGUCACUUGUUAAUAGCAGAUGCCUCUUCAUGACAAGGAAAAAUAAGAAAUGUGGUUUGAAGGCAUAUACAUGUUGGUGGCAUUUUCCCUCAAAAGUCUGCCAGAAAUCCAGGGUGCAUCGUCUAUAUCGUACUCCACCACUAGAGUCUGUGGUGUUAAAGGGGCAUCAGUGGUCCUGCCCUGCAGAUAUGAAUAUUCUGGGAUUGGCAGCUACACUAUGGGAGAGUGGAUCAAAGACAAAGGGACAGUCCGCAAACACAGCGACUCCAAAUAUCCUGAUUGCAGCCUGAAAAUAGACAACCUCUCAAAUGAUCAUGUUGGUGUUUAUAAUUUUCGUUUUUCCACAACCCUGCGCUUGUAUUGGUUGACAGGCCAGUCUGGAAUUGUAGUUUCGAUCACAGACCUGCAGGUAAAGGAGGGGGCAGUUGGGAAAUAUAAUCUCAUUAAAGUGACCUGCAGUGCUUCCUGCAGUUUGGGCUCUCACUUUCAGUAUAUCUGGCACAAGAAUGGACAGCCUCUACAAGGUGAAACCACAGCCUCCUUAUUACUGGACUCAACCAGACCUUCUGAAAAGGGAAGUUACUCCUGUGCUGUGAGCGGUCAUGAGGAUCAGCGCUCCUCUGCAGUGUGUGUUCCAGCUGAACAGUGUUGGGGUGUGAUCUACUCAUCUAAUAGCAUCUGUGUAUUGAAGGGCUCUACUGUGGACAUGUCUUGCACUUACAAUUAUCCAAGAAAUCAAAAUAUCAGCACAACAUUCUGGGUCAAACCAAGAAGUCAUACAGAAGACCUGAGUUUGGAUAACGGCUAUCAACACCACAUAGAGUAUCUUGGGAAUAAGAGCAAUAGUUGUACACUGAGACUGAAAGAGUUAAGUCAGAGUCACUCUGGAGAAUACGCCUUCAGGUUUAUAACAGGGCGAGGGCAGGGUUUCUCUGGAUUACCUGGAGUUACCAUCUCUGUUACAGCUCUGCAGGUGUUUCUAAGUCCUGAAGCAGUGAAAGAAGGAGAGAGUCUGACCCUCACCUGUAAUACUACCUGUAUUCUGACCAACCCCACCUUCAUCUGGUACACGAAUGGGCAGCCUGUGACCUAUAAACACACGACCAGAGACAACAAGCUGCAUCUAAACCCAGUCAGUAGUGAGGAUGCAGGAAGUUACUCCUGUGCUGUAAAAGGACAUGAGAGUCUCUCCUCAACUGCUGUCUUUCUCCAUGUUAGAUAUAAGCCAAAGAAUGUAUUGGUGUCUGUCAGUCCUGGUGAAAGAGGACUGAUGGAGGGCAGUUCAGUGACUCUGACCUGCAGCAGUGAUGCCAACCCACCAGUGCACAACUACACCUGGUACAUGAAGAAUGGAGCUGAAUCUCUUGUUAGGGGCACAGGGGAGAGCAUCAGCUUUAAUGUGACCUCUGAUACCAGUGGACUUUACCACUGUGAGGCACAGAAUGAAGAAGGCUCUCAGAACUCUGCUGGAGUUGUCAUUCUUACAGAAGAGGAACAUGCAGCUGCCAUGGCGAUGAAAUCAGGAAUCAUUAUAGCUGUGAUUGUAGCCAGCAUUCUGGUGUUUGCAGCGGUGUUUAUCGGGAUGUAUAAAAAGAGGAACUUCAGAGGAAAGAGACAGAAUGUGAAGAAUGACACCUACGUGGCCCUCCAGAGAACCGGUCAGGCCUCAGCAUAUGGAAUUCUGCAGAGAGGAGAGAUGCCCCAGAUGGAGCUGCAGGAUCUUCCAAUGAGAGGCCAAGACCAACCUGGACACCUGGACUCCCCAUCUCAAUCUGCACUUUGUUAAAGUAAAACAAUGUUGGAAUCCCUCCUUUUUGUGUCAGUUUUCAACAUACUGAGUGAGGACCCAUUUAUGUGUCACUGAGGGGAUCGAGAACUGAUUAAAAAGGGUGUGGAACAGCAGAGCUGUAUGCAAUACAGACGCAUCACAGCUGGGCUACAUCGGGUGCGCAACUUAACCUCACCCUUGAGAGAGAGAAAAUCGCAAGUAGGUGGCUGGCAGAUACGCCGUAAAUGAGCUCAGACGUAUUUGUUGGUUACAAAAUCGUAAGUGUUUAGAUUUAAUAGUGCUUGUUUCUAUUAUGGCCUGUAUAUUAUGCAG